GAUUGUGCGUUGCCGUUCGCAGGCACUGGCAGGGGGGCGGGUCUCUGUCCCCGCCGCGGCAGUAGGAGGAACCGGAGCCGCUGGCGGGGGCUGGUGAUGGGGUCAGUUCUCCCUCGUGUGUGAAUCUCCGUCACCGAGCCGGCCCCGUCGCCGCCCUUAUCCGCCCGGCUGGGUUAGCGCCAUCGCGGCGAAGUUGGUGCCUUCCAGGGGAGAUAGAUAAGAAUCUUCUGAAUAGCAGUGUUUGGGGUCACCCCUCCGAGCCCUCUGGCACACUGUAGCCAAGAGUAUAAAAGCCAAAAAAAGUAAGUGUUUGUGUGAAUUUACUGAUAAACAAGGUCUACAAGUCCAUGUGCUGCCUUGGCUCUGGAUGUGGUGGAGUUCAAGUACCCUGGAUUCAAGACCUGCCUAUCUUCUGAACAAGCUAUCCCUAUCAACAAUGGACACUCUAAGUGACUUUUCUGUCUGAAGGAAAUGCAUAUGCUAGGCAUCUAAAAGGGAUGAUAUUCUUGAUCCAAGACAGUAUAGUUCAGUCAAGGAUUCUACACUGGUGACAAGGACAUGGGACGACUCCUGCCAUAUUCCAGAUGGUUCAUUACAACUAACAUCUUGGUUGACAACUGUGAAAAGGAACGUUGGAUUACUUUAUUUUAUUUUUGUGGGAGACCACAAUUCCAAAUCUGUAGGAUACAUCAGGAUGAAACUGAUGCAAUGAAUGGUUCAGAGGCUGAAUUUAAAGAUAUAACCCCAGUCGAAAACCUUAUAAAAUCAAGAAGCCAUCAGCAGAUUCAAGUAGAAAAGGAUGAAAGUUGUACUGACAACAAAAAUGAUAUGCCGCAGCCAGUGCAGUCUUUUGGACAAACAGGAAAAAGGUCCAAGUCAAAUACAAAGUUAAAGCUAGUUCGGAGCCUUGCUGUGUGUGAAGAAUCUCCACCGCCUCCCAUAGCUGAAAUAUCACAGGACAUUCAGGAGAAAAUUCAGAUCCAGUUAACGCAGUCUUUUGAGAAAGAAGAAAAGCCCACAAAAGAUGAAACGGAAAAGGAAAAAUCCAGUGAUAAAUUGUCCAGAAAAAUGUUAUCAAGAGAUUCCAGCCAAGAAUACACAGAUUCAACUGGCAUAGAUCUACAUGAAUUUUUAGUAAAUACACUAAAAAACAAUCCCAGAAGACGCCAGUGUCUAAGUUACAGGGAGAAAUUGCACAUUUUGGAUGGUCAGUGUUUUCAAUGUUAUGGGCUGGAUGGAAAUUUUGGGGCACCUUGGGACAGAAUGAUGCUGCUGAAAUUAGAACAGGAAAUUUUAGAUUUCAUUGGUAAUAACGAAAUUCCACGCAAAAAGUUUCCCCCCAUGACAUCUUACCAUAGAAUGCUGUUGCACAGAGUAGCUGCUUACUUUGGAUUGGAACAUAAUGUGGACCAGAGUGGGAAGUCAGUGAUAAUAAACAAAACUAGCAAUACGAGAAUACCUGAUCAAAAGUUUUGUGAGCAUAUAAAGGAUGAGAAAUGUGAAGAUUUUCAGAAACGGUACAUCCUUAAAAGAGAUAAUUCUAGUUUAGACAAAGAUGAUAACCAGAUGCGAAUACGCUUAAAAGAUGACAGAAGAAGCAAAUCUAUAGAAGAACGAGAAGAAGAGUACCAGAGAGCUAGAGAACGAAUAUUUGCACAAGAUGCCCUGUAUUCCCAAGACAAUUAUUUUAUUGACAGAAGAAUCCAAGAGGAGGAAACUAAUAGUACACAGCAAAGGCGGCAGAUAUUUAGAGUCAAUAAGGAAGCUUCAGGGAGAUCAGCCAACAGCCAUCAAAGCAGUACUGAGAAUGAGCUGCAGUACUCUGAACCCCGACCCUGGAGCAGCACGGACUCUGAUAGUUCCAUCCGCAAUCUGAAGCCAGUUGUAACGAAAGCCAGCAGCUUCAGUGGGAUUUCAGUUCUGACAAGAGGAGAUAGCUCUGGAAGCAGCAAAAGCACAGGCAAGCUGUCUAAGACAGGUUCAGAGUCUUCUAGUAGUGUAGGGUCAUCCACGGGUUCUCUUUCUCACACCCAGCAGCCUCUUCCAGUCAGAGCUCUAAGCCAGCCUUCUCAUGGCACACCUGCUGUCUAUCCAACUGUCAGCACUAGUAAAUCUCUUUCCUUUGAUGGUGGCAUAAGUGGGCAAGUGACACCUACUAGCACUAGCUUCUUUUUGCUUCCCUUGGAAGCGGCAGGCAUACCACCUGGCAGUAUUCUGAUCAACCCUCAAACAGGUCAGCCAUUCGUUAACCCAGAUGGCACUCCUGUUGUGUAUAAUCCUCCUAUGCUUCAGCAACCUGUUAGGACCCAAGUGCCUGGACCGCCACAGCAACCACCUCAGCAGCAACCAGCAGCUAAUCACAUCCUAUCACAGCCUAUCCGGUCUCUGCAGUCUUCUUCACAGCCUGUUCAAUACUCUACAGUCUCUUAUCCACCCCCGCUCCUGCCAGUCUCAUCUACCCAGCAAUAUUCUGUGCAAGACAACCUAGGAUCACAAUUUAGCCAUAUGAGUCUUGCCCGCCAGUCAUCUGCUGAUGGUGCUGAACCUCACCCCACCAUGUUCCAGUCUACUGUAGUCCUUCAGCCCCCACAACAGUCUGGCUAUAUUAUAGCAACAGCCUCACCUCUGCCACCACCACAAGGCCAGCCAGUUCCUACUCCCAACUACUCUGCAUCCAGCCAUCCUGUCAACCAGCAAGUGCUGCAGCAACAGGGAUAUAUGCAGCAACCUCUACCACAGAUGCCAGCUUGUUAUUGUGCUCCAGGCCAGUAUCCACACUCCAAUCAACAAUAUCGACCAGUUACUGCUGUCCAUUACAACACACAGCAAAACCCACCACUGCCACAGCCUGCACAACAGACAGGCUACCAAGUUAUGCCUAACCAGCAGCAAGCCUACCAGGGGUUGGUUGGAGUUCAGCAGUCUCAGAAUCAAAAUCUAGUCAGUAGCCAACACAACAACAUUGGAAAUCAGAUACAGGGUGUGAUUGUUCCUUAUACUUCAGUGCCAUCUUAUCAGGUUUCAGUGCCUCAAGGUUCCCAAGGAAUGCCCCAGCAGACAUAUCAGCAGCCUGUUAUAAUUCCCAGUCAGUCAAAUCUGUCCACAACAGGAAUACCCGUUUAUUACAGUGUCAUUCCAUCAGGUCAGCAGAAUAAUUUAAGUUCAUCAGUAGGAUAUUUGCAGCCUCCAGGAUCAGAGCCAAUGCAGUUUCCUAGAACAUCUUCCCCAUGCAACUCACAGCAGCUUCAAGGACAACAGUGUACAGCAGUAGCUCCACCACCAGGUGGAGGAGUAGUAAUGAUGCAGCUAAAUAUACCCAACAAUCCUCAGCCUCGAACCCAUUCACCUCCUCAAUGGAAACAAAAUAAAUAUUAUUGUGACCAUCAAAGAGGACAGAAAUCCACCGAGUUUAGCACUUUAGACAGUGCCACACAGUUACAGCAGAGUCCUCAACUAAACAGCCCUGCCACCUCACCAGCCCAGUCACCAGCACCAGUUCAACUAUCAAACAUGAAAAACCUCCGUCCCACGUUAACACCUCUUUCUAUUGUGUCCCAAUUUUCUAGAUCUUUUGUCCCUGGACAAGGAGAUGCCAGAUACCCUUUGCUCGGCCAGCCACUGCAAUAUAACCCUCCACCCUCAUUACAUGGACAUGUAACAGGCCAACAGUGUCAACCUGGACACAGACAUGGAAACAGAGGAAGGAAACCAGCUAAGAAGGCCGCUUCAGCAGAUCUUGGUGCAGGGGAACCAGUUGUUGGAAAAGUCUUAGAAAUUACUGAACUGCCAGAAGGAAUAACUCGUAUGGAAGCUGAAAAACUAUUUGGAGAACUCUUUAAAGUUGGUGCCAAGAUUCGGUGGCUAAGGAAUCCCCAGUGUCUACAGACACAACAGCAACACCAACACCGUUACUGUGGCAGUGGAGAUAGUAAUGUGAACACUGAACCAUCCAAACCUAGUGACUUGGCCUCCACAUAUACAAUUCUAGCUACGUUCCCUACGAUGUCAGCAGCCCAAAAUGCACUGAAGAAACAAAGUAACUCAGCUAACAAGUUUAGGCUGAGAACAAGCAAGAAGCACUAUGAGUUUCAUAUUCUGGAAAGGGCUAGUUCUCAGUAGCAGCUACAUUGUUGGACAUUCAGCCUUUAUUAGUUCCAUGUCCUUCUCUUCUCUACUUGAUUGGCUUGAUGUUAUGGGGUUUCGGUUCUCUUCAUAGAGACUCCUGGGAUGUGUUCUCAUAUGACAUUAUAGCCUUGGAAGAAUAACCCAGUGAUCCAGCAAGAAGAAGAAGAAAAAUAGAUAUAAAGUUAAUCCCAGACAAUUGUAAGAAUCCAUUCUGACAAGAUAGAGAGAGGCAGCUUUCUAUGAGGAAUGCUGUUAAAAUGCCCCUUACUUUUAUAGUAGUUUUGUUUUAUAUUUCUGAAUUCUUGUAUCAGAUCCAAAUCUCUAUUGUACAGCAAACCUUUGUUCAUAAUGAAUACCCAUAUUCAGAUCUGUAUUUUCUAAUCCCUUUUCACAGCCAGCACACAGCUAUCUAUUUUAGGGCUUGGGGUGGAAUGGGGUGAGGGAAGGGAGAAUAAUUAUUAAGAAAUUACACUGUUUUUUAGCCAACUACGCAAAAAUCUUCAGUUAACAAAUUUCUCUUCCCGUUUCUUUUUCAAAUAAAGCAGUUUCAAUAACUUCUAAACUCCAUACACAGUCCUUUCAAGAUUCACUCUGACAGUGUGAAAGAUAAUUACAAAUAAAUUAUAUUCUUGAACUCAUUCCUAAUCAAACAGGUUAGCAUAAGUAUUAAAGUGGAAUAUGAAUAUGUCUAAACUACAAAGAAUGUUCAUUGAAGCCAAUUUGUUUUUAGUAAAAGGGUGAAGACACUAAAAUGUAUCUCCCCAAAUGACAAAAUAUUUGCACUUUGUGUUUCCACCGGUAUAAAUCUUUUUCUUUCUUUGCACUCUAGGAUAAUUGUGUUUAAAUAAGUGCUGGACCCUUCUUAAGUCAUUUAAAUAUGUUUUCAUCAUUUGCAGAGGAUCACUGGACAUCAGAAGUUUCAUUGCACAUACAAACAAAAUCUUUUCAAUUUCUGUGUAAUUUGCAAGGCUGUACAAUGUGUGCUGAUGCAAGCCUUUUUUCAGUUCAAGAAAAUAAAUGUUUACAAAUACAAA